CUAAAAAAAACCCGGAGACCAUCUCGUUUCAGCUGUGCCUCCCGUAGAAAACCCUACUGCUCUUUGAUUCGCUGUUACUGCAACCCCUGUAAGGUUUCUGGUGACGGAUCCGUUCCCUUCCAAGGGACUGGUGCUACAGAUUUACAAUAUAUUUUACAAGCAUGUCUUUGCAGUUGACGCCUUCCAAAAGACCAUUGGAUCGCAACCCUUUGGAGCCUAACGGAAAGGGAAAAUGGCAGAAGUCCACGGGUUUUCAACCGCAGCACCAAUUACUGAAAAUACCCCCUGGUACUACUGUUUUUCGUGUGCUAUGUCCUGCUUCCAAGACUGGUGGUGUGAUCGGCAAAGGUGGUACUGUCGUAUCGCAAAUACGCCAGGAAACUGGAGCAAAGGUUAGAAUUGAGGAAAUUGUUCCUGGGUGUGAUGAAAGAGUGAUUGUUAUUUCAGAACCCGAUAAAGAAACAGAAGCUGGUAAUGAGCAGAGCAAAGUAGAUGGUGGUGAAGAGAACAAUGAGGCUGACGAGAGUGAUGAUACAAAGGAACAAGAUGAUAACAAUGAAGAUAAAGAAUCUGCUCCAGGGGAAGACUUACAAUCUGAUAAAACAAAAUCUGCUAUGCAAAAGGCCCUCUUUCUCGUUUUUGAAAGGAUGUUUGAAGGAGAACCUGGGACUGAUGGAGGUGAUGAGGAAAGUAAGAAGUCUUCGUCAGUUGUUGUUAGGUUACUUGUGCUCUCUAGCCAAGUUGGGUGUCUACUGGGAAAAGGUGGAAGUGUCGUCAAGCAAAUGUCAGCAGAAAGUGGGGCACAAAUCCGGAUUCUUCCUAGAGACAAACUUCCUUCAUGUGCAACCCCCUUUGAUGAAUUGGUCCAGCUCACAGGGGGACUGGAUGCAGUUAAGAAGGCUCUUCAAUCUGUUUCUAAACAGCUCUUGGAAAAUCCUCCUCGUGAUCGUGACUCUUUUCCUGCAGGCAAAUCUAUUGGGCCCUCAUCUCAUCCAUUUGGUCCUUCUAUUCCAAAGCCAGAAGCAUAUUCACUGCCUAAGUUCGUUUUUCCUUCUCAGGGAGCAUCUUUUGCUACUGGCCCUCAUGACGCUCCCGAUUACCGUUCAGCUUUUCCCCCUCCAAUUCCUAAAUUCCAUGAUAAUGUUAUUUCAAGUGGAAUGAAAGCUUCCCAGGAAAUGCUAACCUUCAGGUUAUUGUGUCACAACGAGGUGGUAGGAGGUGUAAUAGGGAAGGCGGGAUCCAUUGUGAAGACAAUUCAUAAGGAAACAGGCUGUGAUAUCAGGGUUCUUGAUGGUGUUCCCGAUACGGAGGAUCGGGUCAUUGUUAUAACUGGUUCAGCGAGCCCUGAUGAGAGAAUUUCUCCUGUGCAAGAUGCAGUCCUUCGUGUACAGACCAGGAUUGUCAGAGCUAUACCUGUACCUGAUGGCAAGGAGAAACCUGUGAUAGCCAGACUUCUUGUCUCAUCCAGUCAGAUUGGUUGCCUUCUUGGAAUGGGUGGCUCCAUCAUAGCUGAAAUGAGGAAGUUAUCUGGGGCUCAGAUUCGUAUAUUGGGGAAGGAUCAGAUACCAAAAUGUGCUGGAGAAAAUGAAGAAGUGGUUCAGAUUACAGGAGAUUUCGAGGCUGUUCAAGAAGCACUUUUGCAGAUAACUAGUAGGUUGCAGCAUCAUCAUUUUCGUGAUGCAUUUUCUUCAAUUAACCAUCCUGCGCAUCCUGUAUUUUCGGAUCAAGUACCUCCAUUUCCUCCAUACACGGGGAGGAGGGAACCUUCGCCCACUAGAAUGUUGCCAAAUUUGGGGCCAUCAUUUGCUAAGUUUGAUUCUGUUGGUGGCUUGCCUCCUCAUCUUCUUCAUCAGCAUGAUGAUCGUUCUAGCUUUGUUCACAGUGUUCACAGACCAGGCAUCUCCCCACAUGGUUCUGAAAGAAUGACAUCUUCAGUGCCAUGGGGUCCUCAGGGAUUGGCUGAUGGUGGAGGCCUGAGGGGUGUUCCAGAUUAUGCAGGAGGAGCCCCUAGAAGAAUUGGAGGAUUUGGAGGUGGAAGCCAACCUGCUGUAAUAACGAGUACAACUGUGGAAGUUGUUGUUCCUCGGUCUCUUGUUCCUACGAUUUAUGGAGAGGAUGGAGGCUGUUUGAAGCAAAUACGCCAGAUAUCCGGUGCAAAAAUUACCAUCACCGAGCCUAGACCUGGAGAUACAGAAACUGUGAUUAUAAUAUCUGGAACACCUGAACAGACACAUGCUGCACAGAGUCUCCUUCAAGCUUUUGUAAUGUGUGGUCCAGAUUCUCCUUGAUCAGUGAGCAGAAGAUCGAGAAGAUUGAAGAAUGCAAAAUUAUAUUUUGCAGUUUUGGGAUCAUGACAAAACUCAGUGGAACUUUAUUAGGGAGUAGGGACAGAUUUCCAACUUUGCAGAUUCAUCAGACCAUUCAUGGAAAGAAUGUUGAAUUUUGAUUGAAGAGUUGUCUGAGCAACCAAAUUGUACUACUGGUUCCAUUGAAUGCGAAAAAUAUAAAUGCUUUUAUGUACAUUUGAGCAAAGUUAUUUUCAAGUUCCAAGGAGAAUUACUUUUAUUAUGCUGACCGUUUUUUUACGGAAAAUUCAUAUGUGAGACCAAAUUUGGAAAUUUAUCUAA